AUGGGGACUCCGUUGCAAUACUAUUCAGAGCAGGAAAGUGACUCUAUUCCAUUCUCUGUUGGAGAAACAAUGCGUAAUACGACUGCAUCGGAAUCGACCACAGACGCCAAAAAGGAACGGAUAGCUCGGACUGUAACCGGUUGCCUGCUUGCUGUGCUUAUACUGUCGACUUUAUUAGGGAAUAUUCUGGUGUGCUCUGCUGUGAUCAAGUUUAGGCAUCUUCGCAGUAAAGUUACCAAUAUCUUUAUUGUGUCACUGGCUGUGUCUGAUUUAUUUGUUGCCGUAUUGGUGAUGCCAUGGAAAGCUAUAGCUGAAGUUGCAGGUUACUGGCCAUUUGGCACUUUCUGCAACAUUUGGGUGGCUUUUGACAUUAUGUGCUCCACUGCAUCCAUUCUUAAUUUGUGCGUAAUCAGUGUGGAUAGGUAUUGGGCGAUCUCCAGCCCUUUCAGAUACGAAAGAAAAAUGACUCAGAGGGUGGCAUUUGUAACUAUUAGUGUAACAUGGACAUUAUCUGUACUUAUUUCAUUCAUACCAGUGCAACUCAACUGGCAUAAAGCCAGCUCUUGGGCGGACAGAGCAAACAACACCACUACAGAGAAACAGACGGAAAACUGUGACUCGAGUCUUAACAGAACAUAUGCCAUUUCCUCUUCUUUAAUAAGCUUUUAUAUUCCUGUUGCCAUUAUGAUUGUGACUUACACUAGAAUCUACAGGAUUGCUCAAAUGCAGAUCCGGAGGAUUUCUUCAUUAGAAAGAGCGGCUGAACACGCUCAGAACUGCAGGAGCAAUCGAUUAGAGUGUCAGCACCACAACUCACUAAAGACAUCUAUCAAAAGGGAAACCAAAGUAUUAAAAACGUUGUCUGUGAUCAUGGGGGUAUUUGUUUGCUGCUGGUUGCCUUUCUUUAUUUUAAAUUGCAUGGUCCCUUUUUGUGACAGGACUGCUGACUACGAGUCUGGUUUUCCUUGUGUGAGUGAAACGGUUUUUGAUGUGUUCGUUUGGUUUGGCUGGACAAACUCGUCAUUAAAUCCGAUCAUAUACGCGUUCAACGCUGAUUUUAGGAAAGCUUUUUCAAGCCUUUUGGGUUGUCGUCAUUUUUGUCCUAGCACCGCUGUUGAAACUGUGAACAUAAGCAACGAGCUCGUGUCCUAUAACCAAGAUACACUAUUUCAUAAAGAAGUCGUGGCUGCUUAUGUCAACAUGAUUCCCAAUGCGGUGGACUGCGUUGAUGACAACGACGAGACUUUUGACAGGAUAUCCCAGUUGUCCCAAAACAACGAAAUUGUAACAGAUUCAUUUUGUGAUUUGGAGGACCGUGAAGCAGAUAUUUCUAUGGAUAGGGUAACACCGUUCACUCCUAAUGGUUUACAUUAA